GCGGCGACAGUUGUCCAAACCAAAUACAUUGAGGAUAGCACGAGAAAGGGGCGCCAAGCAAACCGGGUCGGCCAGCAGACACUGCCAUGAGGACUCUACUACCGGUGGCCGCCGGCCGCGGGACCGUCGCCUGCGCGGCCACGCCCGUCCCCCGGAGGUCGCUGCUCCUCUCCACCGCUGCCGCAGGUGCGGCGCUGCAGCCGGAGCAGGUGGCUGGAACGAGGCCGUUGAGGCUGACCAGGAGCGAGGCCAGCGCCGUGGCAAAGCCCAGGACCUCGGCCGACGAGGCCAUCUCCUGGGCGAAGAAAGACAACCGCCGCCUCCUCCACGUCGUCUACCGGGUCGGCGACCUCGACAAGACGAUCAAGUUCUACACCGAGUGCCUGGGGAUGAAGCUGCUCAGGAAGAGGGACAUUCCAGAGGAGAAGUACAGCAACGCGUUCCUCGGGUACGGGCCCGAGGAAUCGCAUUUCGUCGUCGAGCUCACUUACAAUUACGGGGUUGACAAAUAUGACAUAGGCGAAGGGUUCGGCCAUUUCGGCAUCGCAGUCGAGGACGUGGCCAAGACAGUAGAGCUCAUAAGAGCAAAGGCUGGAAAGGUCAUCAGGGAGGCCGGUCCUGUCAAGGGCGGCGAGACCGUCAUCGCCUUCGUGGAGGACCCCGACGGCUACAAGUUUGAGAUCAUCGAGAGGCCUGGAACUCCGGAGCCCUUGUGCCAGGUGAUGCUCCGCGUCGGCGACCUUGACCGUGCCAUAAGCUUCUAUGAGAAGGCCUGCGGCAUGGAACUGCUCCGGAAGCGAGAUAGCCCUGAGUACAAGUACACAGUGGCAAUGAUGGGUUACGGCCCUGAAGACAAGGACGCGGUGCUGGAGCUGACCUACAACUAUGGUGUCACCGAGUAUGCCAAGGGGAAUGCAUAUGCCCAGAUCGCCAUUGGCACCGACGAUGUCUACAGGACCGCGGAGGCGGCGAAGCUGUCCGGAGGCCAGGUGGUGCGGGAGCCGGGGCCCUUGCCAGGGAUCAACACCAAGAUCACAGCCAUCCUGGACCCUGAUGGCUGGAAAUUGGUCUUCGUCGACAACAUGGACUUCGCCAAGGAACUGGAGUAGCCACGCCAACGACCUCGGACGCCCUGCAACAGGAUUAACUCGCACUGCUGUUGGUCCGUAAUUAAAAUGAAAGCUAUCCUAGUGAAAUCCCAAAUUUUCAUCAUGCAUAGAAUACAGGACCACCAUUAUAUUUGCGAAAGACCCUGAAUCAACGAUCCCAGACAGAUGACUUAUGGGCCAAUUCCCUGUA